AUGUAUUCUACCGGUUUGGAGAUCCUCGGGAUCAUUCUGGCUGUGGCUGGCUGGCUGGGAGUAAUGGUGACCUGUGGCCUGCCUAUGUGGAGAGUGGCUGCCUACAUCGGCCAGAACAUUGUCAUCUCUCAGGUUAUCUGGGAAGGCUUGUGGAUGAACUGUUCUGUACAGAGCACAGGACAGAUGCACUGCAAGGUACAUGACUCCAUGCUGGGGCUUCCAGUUGACCUGCAAGCAGCUCGUGCCUUGGUCAUCAUCUCUCUGGUUCUUUGCAUUGUGGGCAUCAUUUUGUCAGUGGCUGGUGCCAAGUGCACCAACUGUAGCCGGGAUGUGAGCAGUAAACCUCGCCUCAUGGUGGCUGCUGGGGUGACAUUUGUGGUGGCUGGACUGCUGCUUCUGCUGGCUGUGUCCUGGACAGCUCACGCCAUUGUCCUGGGCUUCUAUGACCCCAUGCUGGAGGAGACAGGGAAGAGGGAGUUUGGUAAUGCUCUGUACUUUGGUUGGGCUGCUUCCUGCCUGCUGAUUCUAGGGGGAGCCCUGCUCUGCUGCUCCUGCCCUCGCAGAUCAACCACGGCACCAAGUGGUGGUGGUUCUGCACCUUCCCGCAUUGACUACUCAGCUGUAAAAACCAUAUCAGUCAAUGGAUACACCAGAAGAGACUAUGUAUGA